GGCGGACGCCUCACAAUUUCCGGUGGCGUAUCUCGGCGGUGUUUGCGUGCGAAUGGGCUGCGGGAGGGUCUCAAGGGUCCGGGUCCCGCCAUGGGAAUGAGCUUGUUCGACCUCUUCCGGGGCUUUUUCGGCUUUUCUGGACUUCGGAGCCACAGGGAUCCCUUUUUUGGAGGGAUGACUCGAGAUGAAGAUGAGGAUGAUGAGGACGAGGAAGAAGGAGCCACAUGGGGUCCUGGGAGCUCGAGUUUUGGUGGUUCUCAGCCCCCAGAGGAAUUUGGCUUCAGCUUCAGCCCAAGAGGAGGGAUACGUUUCUAUGAUAAUUUCGGCUUUGAUGAACUCGUUCGCGAUUUCAGUAGCAUCUUCGGCGAGAUGGGAGCCUGGACCUUGCCUUCCCGCCCUCCUGAACUUCCAGGUCCUGAGUCAGAGACACCUGGUGAGAGACUGCGGGAGGGGCAGACGCUUCGGGACUCAAUGCUUAAAUACCCAGAUAGUCAUCAGCCCAAGAUCUUUGGGGGGGCCUUGGAGAGUGAUACAAGAACUGAAACCUCCAAACCAGCACCAGACUGGGGGUCCCCGAGACCUUUUCAUAGGUUUGAUGAUAUGUGGCCUGUGACUCCCCAUCCUAGAGCCAGAGAGGACAAUGAUCUUGAUUCCCAGGUUUCCCAGGAAGGUCUUGGUCCUGUUCUGCAGCCUCAGCCCAAGUCCUACUUCAAGAGUAUCUCUGUGACCAAGAUCACAAAACCAGAUGGGGUGAGUUGGGAGAAAGGAAUAGAGUGAAGCAGCUAAGGAAUGCCCUGCAAAGAGGGACCUGUGUAAAGAAACCCUUAACAUAUCUCUAAGUUAUAUUAAG